AUCUGCCUCCGGCACGGCACCACACACACAGUCUCAAGUCUCAACUAUAGUCUCCAGUCCCCCGCCUCCACGCCUCCGGCUCCGGCCAGCCGCAGUAAUUGCAGCGCAGCCCAAGCCACCACCACCAGGCACCAGCCAAAGGUGCGGCCUUUGACCCCGCGCCGGCGCCAUGGCCGCGGACGCCACCGCUUCCCCCUCCUCCUCCUACCUCCCGCCACCGCUCCCGACCUCGCGCCUGGACAUCCAGGCCGCCGUCGCCGAGGCCGCCGAGCUGCGCGCGCUCCACGCCGCGCUCCUCCAGGGCGGCGGCGCCUCCAAUUCCGGGACCUACGCCAGCGCUAGCCGGAGCCCCGCCGUCAUCCGCCUGCCGCCGGCGCUCGCCAGGCCGGCCCCCCUGCCCACGGCCGCCGAGGACUACCCCGUGUUUGCCCCGAUGUAUGAUGAGGAGCCCUUGGGCGGAACGAACUGCAUUCGUCAAGAUAACAGGAGCCUGUCCGAGAACUGGAGCGGCGUCGGUUUGGACCAUGAUGGCCUAGAGGACGACGAGGUGGCCUUCUCGGAUUUCGACAACCACAACACCUUCUCUUCGUCGAACAGCGAGCUCCAUCUCUCUUCGUCGAACGAGCACCUGCGGAACAGAAGGGCGUGCAGAAACCAUCCGUCCUUCCUUCAACCCACCGCCCUUGCUGCUGACGGUUUGAUCAGGUCAACCAGCAGGAUGACUGACUUGACUGAAUUCAAGGUCGUUACGACGUGCAAUACCUGCAAGCCUGCGACGAUCAAUCGUGGGGACGACGCCAAGUCCUUGAAGAACCUUGAUUGCACCGUGCCGCUGUCAAACUACCACCCCACUGUCGCCGCCUUUCCCCGGACAAGGCACAAAGGACCACAACAUAUCCUCUCCUGGUUGCUACCAAAGUCAAAGAGGAAGCCGAGGCCAGAUGUGUCGCCGACCACCGUGGAAUGUGAGAACAUGUCGCAGCUUCUCAAGGACUGGGGCGUGUUCUCGCUGGACUCCCUGAAGAAAGAGGUUGUCGAGGCCAACGAGCACAGGGACGCCGCCCUGCAAGAAGUAUCAGAGAUGAAACUAUCACUCGGAGAACUGACCACCAAGAUAGCGAGCCUGGAAGCGUACUGUUCGGAGCUGAAGAAGGCUCUAAAGCAAGCGACAAGCGCGAAGAGCAUGCAGUCUCAUCACUCGAAGAGAUCGUCGACCAGGUCGGUUAGCGGGAGUCCCUUGCCCGUCAGUCACGAGGUUAUGGUGGAAGGGUUUGUGCAGGUCGUGUCCGAGGCCCGCCUCUCCGUAAAACAGUUCUGCAAGGCGUUGAUACAGCAGGUCGAAGAAGACGCCGACAACGGGCUAUCAGAGAAGUUAAAUCUACUCCUGCAGCCGUACCAGAUCACGCUCGGCGACAGGCGCCCGAAGCUGGUGCUGUACCACCUGGAGGCUCUGAUGAACCAGGCGAUGUACCAGGACUUCGAGAACUGCGCGUUCCAGAAGAACGGGCCGCGCAGGUGCCUCGACCCUAGGCAGGAGCGGCAGGAGAGCUUCGCGUCGUUCGUGGCGCUGCGCAACCUGAGCUGGAGCGAGGUCCUGAGGAAGGGCACCAGGCACCACUGCAAGGAGCUCAGCCGCUUCUGCGACCAGAAGAUGGGCUGCGUGGCGUCGGCCCUGAUGAACUGGUCGCGGCCGUGUUGGGCCGAGCCGCUGCUGCAGUGCUUCUUCGUGGCGUGCAAGUGCGUCUGGCUGCUCCACCUGCUGGCCUUCUCCUUCAGCCCGCCGCUGGCGAUCCUGCGCGUCGAGGAGGGCAGGGCGUUCGAGCAGACGUACAUGGAGGACGUGCUGCUCGACAUGCAGCGGUCGCAGGACCAUGAGCCGCCGCCAUCGGCGCGGGUGAAACUCAUGGUGGUGCCUGGGUUCUACGUCCAGGACAGGCUGCUCAAGUGCAGGGUGCUCUGCAGUUACAUCAGCGGCUAGAUCUUUGUUGCUGGUCGAAGGAUGUUCUAGUGUUCUUUUGACUGAUUGUUAGUGUGAUGCAGUAGCAUUUGUUGUUCAGCUAGGUUGCAACUGGGAUGCCAGAAUGCCAUUUUGACCGUUGACGUGCCUGUCAGAUGUAUGCAUGGUUUUAACUACACAUUCCUCCAA